AUGGCGGUGGCAGAUGUGAAGUUAAAUUCACCAACUCAAACAAACAGUCAAAGUGUUGUUGUCAAUGUCAAAGACAGAGAUGUUGAAGUGGGGAAACCAUACGAAGACCAAGAUGGUAUAACAAUAGUUCCUGUAAAAGAACAACCAACAUACCCUGAAGUUAGCAGAGACUUAAGUUCUGUUGCAGAUAUUCGAAACGACUACCAACAACUGAAAGACAAACUUCAAACUCAGGAGAAGAUUUGUCAAGCUUUAAGUAUAAAUGUUAAACUUGGUCGAACAAACCCUGUAAAAGUGAACUCAUAUGUCAUUGCACCUCAUGAAGUUUUGAAAGAACUAUUGAAACUUUUGACAGAGGCAGACGAUAUAAACAUCAAAGAAAUAGAACCCGACGUUAG